GCGCACACAAUCCAAAACUAAGGAGCGAAACCUUUACUCAUAUGGCGAGGCUGCCGCCAUUCAGCCAACAUGAACCGUUCAGUCUUCAACCAUCAUACUGCGUAGUCAGAGUUAUGUCAGUGUCUUAAAAAUUAGUCCAGUGCUUUCUAUACUUUCAUACAAUUCCAUAAAAGGUAACGAAAUGUCCAAGCUAUCCGUCACUAAUUUCAGUAAGAGGACAGGCAGCCCUUUCAAACAAGAUAAAGAGGAUAAAAAGACGGUGGUCCACGAAGAAGUACUUCAGAAAACCAAUUAUGAGAAGCAAAAAGAAAAAACAGACGAGCUGACGCAAAAAGUUAAUAAAAAAGCGGCAGAAUAUCAGUCGAAUAAACCUAGUUCUGGGGUGUUUACUGAAGUUGUUUCACACGGCGCUUUCACCACAAAGAAAAUUGAAAAGGAAAAACCAAAAGAAGAAAUCGUUCCAUCUAGUAAAAAUAAUAACAGCAAUGGGUCUAAAUCACUUUUGGGAUUUCCUUCUUCAGCAAAUGAUCUAGCGCUUGAUGCAAAAUCUGAUUUGGAAUCCGAUCCUAACAUUUCCAAAGAAGUUAAAGAAAAAGUUAUUGAAAAAUUGUUUAGAUUAGUCUCCAUGGUACAACAUACGUAUGAGUCUAAGGUAAGAAUAAUGAGUGAAUUUGAGAAAUAUAAAGAAACGCAUUUAAAGAAUGAAUUAAGACGUGAAAAAGAACAUUCAGAACAAUUAUACAAAUUACAUAUAAAUUUUCAAAGUGAAGUGAUACAAUCGAUACAGCAAUUGAGAAGUGAAUUAGAUUUAUCAAGAAAUUUAACAAAUAAUGCUGAAGAAGCGUCGAAUUUAAUGAGUCUUAGGGACAAUCGUAUAAGAUAUACGCCCAAUGAUGAACAGUCUAUUGAUACUGUGGAUAACAAAAGUGACAUCACUAACUAAAUGAACUUAAAUGUGACGCAAUUAAAGUGUGUUUGAUUUUUUAUCAUAUACAAAGAUUCAUUCUAGUAUACAAGGAUAUUGCAACAUAGAAGAUUUUAUAAGUAUAGAUGAUAUUAUUUCCUUUUUUAUAUCUGUA